CUCAUCUUGCUGUGCUGUGCUGUGAGUAUAACACAUUGUUUGUUUGCAGCAAAGGUAAGCCUGUUUUUUGUUGUUUUCUGACAGGUUACAGAAAAGUUUGAAAUAGUGUUGACCUGGUCAUUGUUCCAUGAAGUUUGCCUUUCCCCUGCAUGUAAAGGGCCUCUGAGCAUGUGAUGACUGGAAAAUCUCACUGAAGAAUGGAUCUACUGUAAAUGCAACGAAUUAUUUACUGAAACAUUAAGGCAGAGAGUAUAUACAGAUGUGUUUGCUGUGGGAUUCAGAUGCUGUUUAAUCUCUGGCUCUGUGUUAAAGGACUUGGAAGGAGUGAAAUCCCUGCCAGUAGGAGUGCUAUAAUUCAGCUGAUUAACAUAACAUAACCUUGAUGCUAAUAUAAUUUCUAAAAUGAUUUCUAUUUUGAGCUCUUCUGAAAGCUCGAGGUUAAUUUAGAAACCUUUAAAAAACAUCUGAAUAAAACAGAAUGAGAAUUUGCAGUCAUGAGAUUUCAUUUCUGUUUUUUAAUUGUUUAUAAUGUACUUUCAGUUUCAAAUGAUCUCUUUGUUUAGGUGACAAUCAAACUCUGCAUCCAACAAAGCAAUGUUGUUCUUCUGUAAGAUCAUAAGUCCAACAUAAAAUAAACAAAGGUGGGUGAUCCACUUGGGAAUUCCAUUCUAUAAAAUGGGAAAUAGAAACUGUAAUUAUAUGUGGCCCACUUAGUACUCAAGGACUUUUCAGGGUAGCAUGAGCGUGGUUGAGACAUACACUUCUUGUUUUGGUUUUUCAGGCGGAGCACUGACAAAUUUAGAUGUGCAGCAGUAAAAAAUGUUGGAAAAACAGCCCAGAAAUACAUCUUUGCAGAGAAGUCACUCUUUAAGACUGUUUGCCCAGCCCUGUUAGUCGCUUCUGCAUGGAUUCUCUAGAAAGAAGGGAUGCAGCAGAGAGUGGGAAGUAAGGAAACAGGCCAGGACUGAAGAGUCACGUUUUUCACACAAAGAAUUAAAAUGUAAAGCCACAGAUUUGAGAGGAAAAGCUCUACAAGGGUGGAAAUUCCCUGAAUAGUUCGAAACAGGGGCUGUUUUGAUUAUGUUCUUGUAGUCAUUCGUCAAAUAAUUUUUCACUUUUUUUGUGUUCCCUUCAAAUUACUUAGUAGGCUAUCUCAUACUUAUUGGUGUCUGUAUUGCUGUUAUUUUAUCAUAAGUAUGUUUCUGAAUGUGAAUUCACUUUAUUUGUUCUUAAAGUGUGCUAUCUAAUACCCACUAAAUUAGGAGGAAUAGCCUAUAUCAAAAAUCUUUUUCAAAAUGUGAAUUUUGUUUGAGACAUUUUACAGACAUGACAUGAAAAUUUUCCCAUUGUGCAGUUUUAAUUCUUACAAUAAAGCAGAGCUGGAGGUUAUUAUUGUGUGCAGCUGGUGAAAAGGGUUGCAUCACUAUUUACUCUGCUGUGGUCACAAGGCUUGAGUGAACACAAGUUUAAGCACGGCUCUUUGUGUUUUCCUUGCAGCCCAGCUGUGCGUCAGUCUCACUCCCAAACCAGAUCUAUUUUUUUAUCCAAAUACUGACAUAUAGCCCAGUGGAUGGGUUACUUGGGAAUUAGGGAAGAAAUUGCACUCCUUAGAAUGCAUUUUUAUUCGGAUAAAAACAAUUUGAAAAUAACACUUGAUAUGUUAAGAAAGAAAAAACUGAUGCCGGAUUGAAGACCCUUCUGUUAAACAUUGUCAGAGUGCAUCUGUUGAUCAUUUCAGAAUGGAUUAAUAGUCAUUUCAACUUUAUAAAAUUUAAAUAUUCAAGCACAGAAACACUAAAGUUGUACAGAUGAGAAUACAUCAAUUUUGUAAUUCUAGAUUUCUGAUCAGUUGAACAAUGUCCUGAUGUCAGCUGUUACAUUUCUGUUUGCCAUUAUUCUCAGUUUCAGUUUGAGAGCAAUUUCAAUUAUUUGUAAAUAGCAGCAUUGCUUAGUGAUUUUACAAGUUUUCUUCUGUUGUUCUAUGUAUGUCAAAUACAAAAUAAAUUAAAUUAGCUAUAGUAAGAUGGAAAAGUAAAAGCUGUAAAACAGUUUACCUAAAAAAGUGAAAAAAGACAGUUGAUGAAGCUGAGUAAAAUUAGACACAAAAUCUGUAGUUUCUACAGAGGUUGUGUUGCUGUUAUUGAAAAUAAAGUAGGUUUCUUAAGACAAAAUUUAUUUUCUUUGUCUCUGUUAAUUGUUUUAAAUUUGCAAUCUGCUGAGUACUAAGUUCAUGAACUCUCGUUUUUUGCUCAUGUGCUUUUUUUCCAAGUCUCAAUGUCAGGGAGAGUUUAAGGUGACUAAGCAUUUGCUUGGCCAUGACCCUACUUUGUGAAGCAACAUGUUCAAAAAAGGAGUGCAUAAAACUGAUGAAAUCAGAAAUUUGUUGAGUGAAAUCCUAAUGUGGCUCACAUGGUCAAUGAAUUUGUGGCAAAACCUUGAUAAAUGCUGCAUUCACAGCUUAAAAAUCUCACUUCCACAGAGUUUUAAUAACUUUCUUUUUGUAUAUGUCCUACAUCACUUCCUGAAUGUUUUCAGAGGCCAAUGUAACUAAAAGCUGUCAUGGAAGAAGUGCGACAAAUUGAUCUGACAUACAUCACAGAGUGCAUCAUCAGCAUCAUCUGCCCUUCUACAUGUCCAGAGGAUCUCUACCUGCAGAAUCUGAAGAAGAUUAUCCCUAUGCUAGAGUCUAAGCAUGGGCACAACUAUAUGCUCAUUAACCUUUCCCAGAAGCAUGACAUUCUUACAAAAAUGACCCACAAGAUUUUCAACACAGGUUGGCUGGAUAUCUUAGCUCCCAGCCUGGAUCAAAUCUUUAAUGUGUGCACAGCAAUGGAGAACUGGCUCCAAGGUUAUCCAAAACGCGUCCUGGUGUUACACUGCAGGGGAGAUAUGGGAAGGCUUGGAGUUCUCUUGGCAUCGUACAUCCACUUCAGCAAUAUGUCUGCCAGUGCAGACCUCUCUCUGGACCACUUUGCCAUGAGGAAAUUCUACAACGACAAGCUAUCGGCUCUGAUGAUCCCCUCACAGAAACGGUAUGUUUGGAUGGUGGGCAGCAUGUUAAAAGGAGGAUUGAGGAUGAACCCAUCUCCGUCUUUUCUGCUCUGUGUAGUUCUUUAUGGUCUUCCCACAACAAGACCAAAUGAAGGAUGCUGCCUUUUCCUUAGGGUCUACCAAAGUCUGCAAGCAGUUUGCACAUCACCAGUCUAUCACGUUAAUGCUGCUCAGACGGAUCGGCUGUACAUCGUGCUUCAGCCAGCUCAGCUCCUCAAAGGGGACAUCAUGGUGGUGUGUUAUGAAAAAAACCUUCAAUCAGUGAGUCGCCAAGUUGUUUUCCGCCUCCAGUUUCACAUGGGCCUGGUGUUCGGACACUCCCUCUCUUUCUGCAAGGCGGACCUUGACUGUGCUGCUGCCGAAGAUCCCCGUUUCCCAGAUGAUGGAAAAGUGGAGCUGCUGUUCUCAGAGAGCCCUGAAAAGAUCGCAGGUAGAGAGCAGUGGUUGAAUGGGCGCUGUGUGACGGUGGACUAUGACACGAUGGACCCAUUAGUCAGACGAGAUUCUUUCCAGGACUGGGCUCGUUAUGAAAGAAGCCCUCCUCAUGUGUCUGAAUCUGGAAACAGAGAUUUGUACUCCAAAUUGAGGAAGAAGAGCACUGAGGAAGGAGCUCUGUACCCUCUGCCAUCUAUCAGCCCGAGCUGCAGCGACAGAGCGCCGUCAGCCAGCAGUGACUUGGGCCUCUCCGUUGCCUCACAGGGGCAGACCGGAGUCGGACCCAGAAGAGGAGCCACGCAGGACGUUUGUAGCCAGGCUGAGAAGUUGAUUUUUGGCGCUGAGUCAGAACCAAUCCAGGCUCUUCUGGAGGUCAUGACUGAACUGAGUUCUUCUGGUGCUGGAGAUGGAAAGGUGACUGGAAAUGAGUCCGGACUGGGAGCCACCAUCAAUGGCGACGUUUCAUCAAGUGAAAGGGAGACGGAUAUUCUUGAUGAUGAGGACGAAGGUUCUCCUUCACAGGCUCCAGACCCGAGCAGUGUUUUCUCACUUCCUUCUGAAAAUGUACCUGCAACUCAGAGACAAGCCCAAACAGAGUACUCCACUCACUCCUGGGUUCGACAGCAGCAGAUGGUGGAUCCCAUCCCUGAACAGGGAACCAGCAAGUCGAAUAAAGAGAGACCAGCACCUCUGGAGCUUCCUGAAACACCAACACGAGGAUUAAGCAGCAGGGAAGCAGUGAAGAGAGGCCUCUUAGACCAGGACAACAGACAGCCUGAAUAUACUACUUCAUCCUGUCAGGAAGAUGAGCUGGCCUCCUUAUCUACAGACAUUGACGAGUCCAUUGAGCAGCUGAACAAGCUGAUUCUGGACUUAGACCCCACUUUUGUUCCGGUUCCCACUCGAUGUUCUCCUCUGUCCCGCUCAGCCUCUCUGCACACCAACGGCCUAAGUCACAAAGGACAAACCCAUCAGUCAGGGUGGAAACAGCAGAAACAUGUCAGCGAUGUGGUGGACUAUGGUGGCCCUCAGAGUCCAGGAUGGAAAAGAGGUGGAGCUCAGAGCUUUAAAGGCUCCCCAGCCAACAGCCCCUCCUUCUCAACCUCCCAGCAUGGUCAUCUCUACAAAACUAACAGUGUGGAUUACCACGGACAAAUGGACAACUCUGACUUCAUCCCAACGACUCCAGCAUUCCCAGUGUCUCCUCCAACGCCCUAUGUGAAACAUUUCUCUGAGUUUUCCCAAUUCAGUGCUGGCAGACAGUGGGACCAACACAGCUGGACACAAGAACCCAGAGGUUUCCUAGAUGGCAUGAACCACUCUGGUGGUUCCACAGACAGAGAUCUGUUCCGGUCGGACGUGCCUGUCACACAGAGGAUCUUUGGCUCCAUGAGCUCAGUGUCAACUAGCAGCCCCCUCCAAUACACAGACAGCUCCACUCCGCCUCCUGUGUGGCACAACCGGACACCAAACUCUUUGAACUCGCCGUAUCCUCCACAAUCUACAUCCCCGCUACUUCUCAGCUCUCCUAAUGCUCACAGUUCCCCGCGGGGCGCUCAGAGGGGCCGGGGAGGGAGCUCAGGGGACCGCAGUGGAACCAACAGCACAGACUUGUCCUCGUUGUUGUUAUUGGGAAACGGCGGCCUGGAGCACAGCCUGCUGGAAGCCGUGGAGGGACUCGGGAAUCUGAAUCUUGGGGGAGAUGCAGGGAUUGCUCCCCUACUGCCGGAGAAGAGAAGAACAGGUGAGGUGGGAGAGCUGGGCUCACGAUCCCCCUCUCUGAGCGGGUUCUCCAGCCCGCGCAGCGGCAGCAGCCUCAGUAUCCCUCUGUCGUCGUCCCUGACCUCAGAUCCGUUCAGAGGACUUAGUGGGGCCUCGUCACCCGGAGCAGACUCUGGCAGUAAGCAGGACACUGUGAAGUUUGUUCAGGACACGUCCAAGUUCUGGUACAAGCCCGACAUUUCCAGAGACCAAGCCAUCGCAGUGCUGAAGGACAAAGAGCCCGGUUCGUUCAUCGUCAGAGACAGCCAUUCAUUUCGCGGGGCGUAUGGACUGGCCAUGAAGGUGGCCACGCCUCCUCCCUCAGUGGUACACCACAGUAAAAAAGUGGGAGAUCUGUCCAGCGAGCUAGUGAGGCACUUCCUGAUUGAGUGUACACCUAAAGGAGUUCGUCUUAAAGGCUGCCCCAAUGAGCCGUACUUUGGAAGCCUCACAGCUCUGGUGUGUCAGCACUCCAUCACCCCUCUGGCUCUGCCCUGUAAACUCAUCCUGCCUGAUAGAGAUCCUUUAGAGGAGCUGAAUGACGCAUCGACACAGACAACAACAAACUCAGCAGCUGAACUUCUCAAACAGGGUGCAGCGUGUAACGUGUGGUUCCUGGGUUCUGUGGAGCUGGAGUCUCUGACGGGUCAGCAAGCGGUCCAGAAGGCAACCACACUGACACUCUCCAUGGACCCUCCACCUCCCUCCACCGUGGUCCACUUCAAAGUGUCGGCUCAGGGAAUAACGCUCACAGACAACCAGAGGAAGCUGUUCUUCAGGAGACACUACACUGUGAACACAGUUAUAUUCUGUUCUCUGGACCCACAGGGAAGGAAGUGGACAAGAGACAGCGUCUCCACAGCCAAGAUUUUUGGAUUUGUUGCCAGAAAAUCUCAAAGUGAAACUGAAAAUGUAUGCCAUCUGUUUGCUGAGCAUGACCCUGAGCAGCCGGCAAGUGCCAUCGUCAACUUUGUCUCAAAAGUCAUGAUUGGAUCUCACAAAAAGUGAUGGGACAAGGAGAUGAUCUGCUUCAUAAAGAGAACUUGAGGCAAGGAUCAAAUCCCUGUUGUUGAGUCAUUUCACAAUUAUGGCUAAGUUGAAAAGCCAAAAAAACUUUAAUCCCUGACACUCCACGCUGGAUUCUGUUGGUUCUUUCUGCAAAAUGAUUUGUGCCUGCACUGCAGGAUGCUUCCAGAGGAGGGAGCCAAGACUCUGAUGUCAUUGUUCUUACAUUGUUGGACAGACUCUUUGCAAAGUAAAGUGUUGACGUGCCUUCCAGCUUUGAAAAAACACUGAAUAUGAAAGUAUAGGCAAGAUUUUCCAGAUUUUUAAACUAUUUUAUAAUUUAAAGGAAUAAAAAUAUAUUUCUUAAAACUAACUUACUAAAAUUAUACUAGUUUUUACAUUAAUGGCAUAAUAAAAGUGGGUGUAGUCAUCAAGUUGUCACUAUUUGCCUCAUCAUACUCAUCAGAUCCUUAGUUUGACAUUUUCUGCCGUAUUGUAUAUUUGUUCUACAAUUUCACGUAUAAUCUUUUGUUUCCUCAAAAGAUUUGCCAUUCCUAGCUACACAUAUUUUAGUUAAUUUUUAUUGUGUUCAAAACAUAUUUUUCCAGGCGUAUGAAACUGCCACUCAGGGAAAACAAAAAAGAAAAAACAAAUCUGAGCUAGCUUUUAUUUUAAUUAUACCUGAAAUUAAUUUUCAUGUUUUAACAAUAAUAAUAAUCCUCCUAUUGCUACAUAUACCGUAUAUAUAUACAUAUAGUUCUAGCAAUAUAAUUUUCAUAUUUGUACAGUAUAAUUUAUUCUGUUAAUCCAUGUAAAAUUAACUACAAAGUGGUAUAUGUAUAUAUACUGUUACAACAUUAUGGUAAAAAUGUGAAAAUAAGUGCUCCAUGUUUCUUUUACCUGAGUGGCAGCUCCACACUUCUGUCCAAAUUAUCAGUGAAUAUUUAGACAACAAUGACAUAAAUAUCUAAGAUGAAAGAUUUUAAUCUGAAUUUGAAUUGUCAAGUUUCUUUGAUGAGCUUUUGUAAAAUUAAAAACAAAGGUCUCUUAACCAAACUGUAUUUUUAUAACACUGACAUUAAUUCUAUACAGUAGUGAAAAACAUUAAAACAUAAUUUAUACCUCAGCUUGAGAGUUUUUGGCAGAUAAACAGAUCUGCAGCUCUAACCACAACUUUCUGGUAACCACAGGACAAUUCAUUUCAAUCAAAAUAAAUAACAACCAACAUCAGAAAAGCAACGGUGUGGUUGUACUUAAGAUGUAUUCUGUAUUACAAUAGUCAUCCUUCAUUAAAGAUGUUUAAAAAUCUUUUUGCCAUGCUAUUUUGUGUAUUAACACAUACUGUACAUUAGGAUUUCAUAUAACGGUCACUUUUUUAUUGUUCUACUAUAUGUUUGUACUAUAUGUUCCUAAUAUCUAAAUACAAGUUUGUUUUAUUCCCUUU